GUCCGAGUGAAAGCCGAUUGGCUCGCCCCCCCCCCUCUCUCCCUUCUUCCCUGUCAGCAUCUUCGCGGGCAGACGAGUGAGGAUCCUUCUAGAACCUUGAGAACGUUGAGCUUUUGGGUCGGCAUCUCAUCAUCACCGGGUGUCACGUGACGUGCAGGCGCCAUGCCACUGGUCCAGAGGAUCAUCGAACCCAAGUUCUUGUGUCGCGGCACUCUGCCCGAUGCUGUCGCCAGCGAGUUGGAGUGCGUCACCAACAGCACGCUCGCCGCCGUCAUCAAGCAGCUGGGAGGACUCAGUCGCCACGCUGAGGACAUCUUUGGCGAGCUCUUCACCGAGGCCAACGCCUUCUACAUCAGGAUGAGCGGCCUACAGGAACGUGUAGACCUCCUGGCCGUCAAGGUCACACAGCUGGAUUCCACUGUUGAGGAAGUUUCUUUACAGGACAUCAACAUGCGGAAAGCGUUCAGGAGCAGUACCGUUCAGGAUCAGCAGGUGGUGACGCGGCGCUCCAUACUCAAGCCCGUGUUGGAGACGUACCAACGUUGCGACAAACCGCCACCGCUCAACAUCCUCACACCCUAUAGGGAUGACAAAAAGGAUGGACUCAAAUUCUACACGGACCCGUCUUAUUUCUUCAACCUGUGGAGGGAGAAGAUGCUUCAAGCCACCGAGAACAAACGCAAGGAGAAGAGGCGACAGAAGGAGCAGAAGCAUGUGGAAGAAUCUUCAGGAAGGGAAGUGAAGAAGGUACGCAAAGCUCGCAACCGACGUCAGGAGUGGAGCCUGAUGGCGUACGAUAAGGAGCUACGCCCUGACGCUCGCAUUACGCCAUCGCCGUACCACACCUCCGAAGGAUCGCUGUCACCUGACAGGUCCGACAACCCCUCCCUCUCUGGCAUCUAUGACGGGAAAGAUCACGUCUCCGUGGCGACCGGCGGUCAGACUCAAUCGCUGGACCGUGCCCUGCGACCCGCUUCCUCCGUUACCACGGCGACCGGCAGGCAGCACUCGCUGGGCCGCAACCAGCCGCAUCACCAGCAGGGGACACCACCGCAGUCCACCUUGGCCAAUCAGAGCGCGGCACACCUCAAGGAGGCCAAUGACCAUCAGAUCCCCCCAGCCCCGCCCCCGCCGCCUCCUCUGGUGUCAUCAGCGCCGCACAAAGUGGUCCCUAAUAGCUCUGCUGCCAUGGCAACAGCACUGCCGGCCAACGUUGCCCCAGCAGGGGGUGCCGGGGUUCUCGCCCGCCCCUUCAGCCCGUCUCCUCCGCCACCUCCCCCUGCCAACUACGUCCCCUCCCCCUCCAGACCCAGCGGCCAUGCGCCACCCUCAGCCGUGAAACCGCCGCCGUUGCCUCCCGCCAUCGAUGGCAGAAAGCUUCCCACCGGAGCACUGGUCCCCAUGAACGACGCCCGCAGUGACCUGCUGGCCGCCAUCCGCAGAGGGAUCCAGCUCCGGAAGGUGCAGGAGCAGCGUGAGCAGGAGGAGGCCAAGAAACGUGAGCCGACAGGAAAUGACGUCGCAACCAUUCUGUCCCGACGCAUCGCUGUGGAGUACAGCGAGUCUGAGGAUGAGUCGGAACCAGAUGAGCAGGAGUGGUCCGACUGAGGGGAUUGUUAGAUAAAUGUUUCAUUUAUUUGAAAAAAAGUAUUUUAGGAUGGCAACUGCUCUGUUGCCAUGGUUGUUAUUGUAUUAUUGUGUUCUUUAAAAUGAUUGGUUGUUGAUCUGUGCUGUAAUUGACAUGUUGCAUGUUGUUUUU